GCGGUGUAAACGAUAUACGUACAGAUCUACAAAUCAUUCCCCGCUCCUACUUCCGCAUUCCUUUGUUUGAAGAUCAGCGCAAACUAGUGCGACACUUCCGGUGUUAGUAAAUCACGUGAUAUUUUCGUGGGCGACAUGAAGGAAGGAAACUGGACAGCAGCCAUCAUUUAAAAGGAGGAGAUCUGAGGCAGAAAUGGAGUCAGAAGAUGGAGAUGUGGAUCUGGCCUCACAUGAGAAAGCAGCAGAUGUGUGUGCGAUCCUUGAGCCUCAGCAUCUGGAGGAUUUGGUGUUAGUGAAUAAGGAGUGUGUAGAGAAACUGAGUGAGGGUCUGAUCUCACACUACCUCCCAGAUCUACAGCACUCCAAAGAUACACUGCAGGAACUAAUACUAAAUCAGGAUGUACUGCUCGACACUCUGGAACAAGAAAUUACCAAGUUUAGAGAAUGUAACUCCAUGAUCGAGCUCAACGCUCUGUUCACAGAGGCUAAAGUGUAUCACAGUAAGCUGGUGAACAUACGCAGAGAGAUGAUCAGCCUGCAUGACAGAACAUCCAAACUGAAGAAGCGAGCUCUGAAGCUGCAGCAACAGAAACAGAAGGAGGAUCUGGAGCGAGAGCAGCAGAGAGAGCGAGACCUGGAGAGAGAGAGACAGCUCAUUGCCAAACCAGCCAAACGCACCUGAACACACACACACACACACACACACACACACACACACACACACACACACACACACACACGCACACACACAACCCACACACACACACACACAGUGUUUUUCUGGAUGUGGUCCUCAGCCCUGAGUGUGUCUCAUGGUCAGCACACCGUUUGUCCACUAGAUGGAGUCAGAGAUCUAAUUUUACAAAACAAAUUAUUACAUUAAAUUAUGAACAUCACAUUUCUUUAGAAUUUAUGUAAUAGACUUAAAUACUGUAUUUUGUUCUCUGCUUUUUGGCACGUUUUUUUUUUUGAUGUAAAAAUUUAUUGUACAUGGAAAAUACUUUUAAAAGAUUUUGUUCUUUUUGUUCACUUUGUAAACCUUUAUUAGUGAAAAUAAUAAAUCUGAGGAGGGAAAAGUGUCA